AUGGGCAAGAACGACAAAAAGGCCGCCGAGAAACCCAUCGCCAAAGCCAAGGGCGGUACGGACAAGGACUCUGGCAGCAGCAAGGUCAAGGGAGCCCAGGCCAUCAACGUCCGCCACAUACUUUGCGGGAAACAUGCCAAAAAGGAAGAGGCUCUGGCAAAGAUCAAGGACGGGCUGAAGUUUGACGAGGUGGCGCGCAAUUACUCCGAAGACAAGGCACGACAAGGCGGCGCGCUGGGGUGGAAGAGCAAAGGCAGUCUGGAUCCCAGAUUCGAAGAGGUUGCAUUCACCCUGGAACCCAGCACAACAAGUAGUCCGAAACUGGGGGAAGCAAAGACCGAGUUCGGCUAUCACAUCAUCAUGGUCGGUUGA